AUGGGAGAGAUGAAGAAGCUGAAUCACACACUGAUGAAGGAAAAUGCAAAGAAAGCUUGGAUUGGUCUACAGAGAGCAGGACCUGGGAGAUGGCUGUGGUCUCUGGAAGACCAAACUUUCUACAGAGACCGAGUCACUUACACACACUGGGACAGGGGACAACCAAACAAUGCUGUGGGAAAUCAGUACUGUGUGGCAUAUUGGAAUGCCGGUCCAUUAUGGAAUGAUUACAACACAAACACUAAUAAAUAUGUAUAUAUUAGUGAUAAAAAGAGCUGGUACGAUGCUCAGACCUACUGCAGAGAGAAAUACACAGACCUGGUCAGUGUGAGGAACCAAACUGAGAAUGACGAGAUCAGGAGUGUGGUUAAUAUUUCAGACAGUACAGACGUUUGGAUCGGUCUGUUUAAUGACUCCUGGUAUUGGUCAGAUCGGAGUAACUCCACAUUCCGAUACUGGAGAUCUGACAAACCCAGUGGAAGUUUGAUCUGUGCUGCAGUGUCUGAGUCUGAGCAACGUUACUGGACUGAUGUGAACUGCACAGAAAAACUCCCGUUCAUCUGCCAUGAGAAUAAAGUGAUCCUGAUUAAGGAAAAGCUGACCUGGUGGGAAGCUCUGACAUACUGCAGGAGCCAUCAUCAUGACCUGGUGUCAGUGCGCACCGAGGAGAUGCAGCUCUGGGUGAAGGAAGUGACUCAAAACGCCUCCACUGAACACGUGUGGCUCGGCCUGCGUCACGACUGCGCCCAGCGUGUCUGGUUCUGGGUUGUUGGAUCAAUAAUCUGCUUUCAGGGCUGGGCACCAGGGAAUGGGACCUGGAAUGAAGACUGUAGUCAUGAGAAGAGAAGCGGAGCAGUGCAGUCUGGAGGAGAGCAGAAGUGGAUCGAGCUGCCUGAGAGCCAGAAGCUCAACUUCAUCUGCUCUACCUAUGAUGAUUUGUUUUAUUAAACAUGAAGACUGAAGACAAGUCGUGGUCCAUCAUCUGUGUCC